UUUGACAAAUGUAAAUCUGGUCAAACAAAAGAAAAGAAGAUGAUGAUAGCAAAAGGAAUGAAUUAAAUAAUGUAUCAUGCACAAGAUACGACAAGAAGCCCACCAGUGAAUUAGCAUGAUUCAAAGCAGAAGGAACGGAAGCCACUUUCCUGCUUUUUGGCUAAAAUCAGCUUUGCAGUGCAUCUGAAAGCCACCCAUGAGAACUCUACAGCAUUUUUCCUAAGAAUGCUUCUAGCCUCCAUUCCUAAUGUGUUCAGUGGAGCAGUUAAUGGCAAUGCUUCUGGGCUGGCAGGAAGUAACAGAGGAGAUAAAGACUUUAACCAUGACAGUGGUGGAAGCUGUCAAUUUAGGACUGGGCUGUCGGAAGAGCCAAGUCACCAUACCCAAAGACCCCGAGCAGACAGACAACAGCAACUCCUGGGUCGACUCAGUGAAGGCAUGAAGAAGGCUACACAUGGGCCAGCUGAAUAGAAAAGCAAGAAAACCUGAAAGAGCAAGGAAAGAAACCACAAAUACUUACGCAUGACAAUACGGUUUUUUCUGGUGACUGACAAAGUUAUUGACGAUGGCAGACGAUCAGACACCCACAAUGCACCAAGAAGAAAAUGAUUCUGAAGAUGAAGUGGAUGCAAAACCAGAGAGGCUAAAAGUUGCUAAGCUAUUUAGUAGGAAAAAAGAUGAAGCAGAAUCACAAUCUGGCGGUCUGCUGCCUGAACGUAACCGAGUUGUCUCAUCAUCGUUCACAUAUAAAAUGAAUUAUGAAAAUCUUGGCAAGUGCAUCAUAAUUAACAAUAAGAACUUUGAUAGCAAGACAGGUAUGAAUACAAGGAAUGGCACAGAUAAAGAUGCUGGAAGCCUUCAGAAGUGUUUCAGAAACUUGGGAUUUGACGUUUCAGUAUUCAAUGAUUUCUCUUGUAAUCAAAUGAAGGAAAUCCUCCAAAAAGCUUCUGAGGAAAAUCAUGAGAAUUCUGCAUGCUUUGCUUGCAUUCUCCUGAGCCACGGCGAAGGCGACUGCAUCUAUGGAACUGAUGAUUGUAUACCAAUAAAGGAACUGACAAUCCUCUUUAGAGGAGAUAAAUGCAAGAGCCUCUUAGGGAAACCCAAACUGUUCUUCAUUCAGUCUUGCCGAGGUACUGAGUUUGAUGAUGGGAUACAGACAGACUCUACCCCUGUAACUGACCCAGAUGCUAAUCCCGGAUGCAGGAUUCCCGUUGAAGCAGACUUUCUGUUUGCAUAUUCUACUGUCCCAGGCUAUUAUUCUUGGAGAAAUGUAGAAAGAGGAUCAUGGUUUGUGCAAGCUCUCUGCUCAGUACUGAAUGAUCAUGGGAAAGAGUUAGAGAUCAUGCAGCUCCUCACCAGAGUGAACCACCAAGUUGCCAUCAACUUUGAAUCCUGGUGCAGUGACCCAUAUUACUGCCAGAAGAAGCAGAUUCCAUGCCUGGUCUCUAUGCUCACCAAGGAACUUUACUUCUGAAAACAUCUCUGAAAUCACUCCAUUCAGGUUGAAAUCAUAGUAUCUUGAUUUUUCAAAAACUGUGACUAUCUCCCUAUCUAUUGAAGAUCCAGAUUUGGAACUCUUGAUUUUUGUAUUUGAGCAUAUGGAAAAAAUCAAGUUUGUUAAAAGGGGUUUGGGGGAGCAAAAAAUCCCUCUUUAAUCAUAUUUUUUUAAAUUAUUUUCUUAGAACUGGAAAAUGAGAUGAAGGCUCCCUUCGUCUUUUCUUUUGGAUCUUUUUGUCAAUCCUUUUUCUCAGGAUAAAUCAUCAACAAAAAAAUGAUCUCUAAUGUUUGCUCUUUAGUAUGAUCCUUGCAAUUCAAACAAACAACCUAGAGAUGAUCUUCACUGGCUAAAUAAAAUGUCAAGAAUAC